AUGCUACGGGAAAAUACCACGCCAGAUUCAGAUACCCGACAUGAGAUUGAAGAGAUUGUCCGUCACGACGACGUCGAUAUCGACUUUCUUGACAGGGAACUAUCCAAGCUCCAAACAACGCUCCUUGAUCUCCAGCGUCGGCGACAAGCGAUUCAGCUGCGCGUCGAUCGUAACAAAGCACUUUUAGCUCCCAUUCGCCGCCUCCCUGUGGAGAUCCUUCAGAAGAUCUUCACCUUAUGCUUCCCUUUUGUGAGCACGGCCAACAUAGAAUGGUUGCCGUUUAAAGUCGGCCAUGUUUCUGCCCACUGGCGCGCGGUCGCGUCGACAACUUCCGACCUAUGGCGCAGAGUUGAGCUAGACCUCGACGCUAUGCCCGCGCUUUCCCCAAGGGAAAGGCUCCACAUCUACUUGCGUUUCGUCAAUCUUGCCCACAGCCAGUCCGGCACACGUCCGGUUUGCAUGUCCAUCACUCCUCAGUUGAGCGUAAAGGAUCUCAGAGAAUUCCAAGGCCUUGUUACCAUCGUGCGGCUCAUGGCGUCAAAUCUCUCUGGUCGUUGGGAUGAGUUAUCAAUUGACCUUGAUUUGUUUAAUUCCAUAAAGAGCUCGGAUGUAAUGGCCUUAUCCCGCCUCAAACGCCUUACACUCUCGGACAAACUAAGAAACACUCCACUCUGUCGUCUUCCGCACAACCUUCCUCAACUUACUUAUCUCAAACUAUCAGGUUGUUUCACGCCCGCCACUAGAUUGGUCAAUAUGCCCUGGUCCCAACUCACGCAUUUUAGAGCACAGCACAUUCACAUCAUCGAUCUCCAUCCAGCUUUGGAUCAAAUGUCGGCCCUCACACAUGCACAUCUCUCCGGGAUUUGGUCGUAUGGCGCCUCAGUAACGCAAUCAUUGUGUUUACUGCAUCUCAGAGACCUAACACUUUCAGACUCCGAAGCCACCAUUUGCGACAUUGCCAAAUUAUUGACAGCCCCCAGCUUAUCCCGAUUUCGAGCCAUCGUUUCCGAGCCAUUACGUUCUGUUGCGCCUCAGUCGGAUUCACUCGGGCAGACUUUGAGAGCAUUCAUAGAUCGCUCAUCCGCAGCAAUAACUCAUCUUGGAUUACAACACAUUUCCGCGGAAGACAUGAAAGACACAUUUGAAGGAGUCCCGUUGGUUGAAUCACUUGACAUCUCCAUCCGACAGGACUCUAAUGCUCUGAACCUGAUCAUGAAUGACCUUGUGUGGAAGACACUUCCUCACAACUCUCCCGAGUCAGAUGUUCCCAAUCUCCUCCCUAACCUGCAAUUGUUAACAGUACGAAAAAGGGGUUUGGGUGAUGCCCUUCCUGGUAUCAUUCAAAUGGCUUGUUCCCGGUUAAACAUGCAACUUAUCACGUCGGGGGUACAUCCACCCCCCGCUCGUCUCCGCACAGUCUGCUUUCGGAGUGUGGAUUCCGUUUCAUCUUUACUUCAGCUGUAUCACCUGGGCGUUGCUGUGGAUUGCCUGCAUGGAUUAAGAGGAACGGACGUACAGCAGCUCACUAUAGACGUUGCGAUGUAA